CAUGAUGUGCCCGCUCGUAUUUCGUCAUAAAAGUCUUGUUGUGAUGGUAAACAUGCUUCAUUGUAUUUAUCAAAUGUUUUAAGAUAUGUAUAGGGAAAUAUACCUUUACAUCUCAUGUAGGAGAAUCUUUCGUCCUCGGGAAACACUUUUCGUACUGUCCGACAUUGCUCUGCGCUUAAAAAGGAUGACAAUGUUUCUAAUUUUAACGAAAGAAACUGAGAUGAAUCGACAAAUCUCAUUUGCAAAAAUACGGUUUUUUAUUUUCCCUCUUGGGAAAUGUACGUGUCCACCGGUACUAAUUUCGUAAAUGACA